UUCCCGCAAACGGUCGGCAGAUGGCACAGUGAUCGUUCAGUUCUCGUGUCGUUCGGUCGCGUGCUGCCGUCCUGCUGCUCUCCGUCAUCCACUCGGCGUCUCAGUCGUCGAUCCCCCGUUUACCUCCUUACCGAAGUGUGCGUUCGCCGACGGCACGCAUUCGACAAGUCACCGGACAGACGAUCGCUCCACUCGCCGGAGCACCGACGUUCUCGUCGUUUCGAAAUAUCCCAAUCGCUGCAGCCACCCCUCAAGUCCGGAGAAAACGGCGGUGAAUUGUUACCCCCCGGACCAACCACCGGCGUGAUAUUAUUGUUAUUGUUGUGAUUGUCCACGGACCAGUGUGCAUAAACCGGUUUUUACUCGUUAAAUAACAGAAUUCCACGACGCACACCGCUCGCCACACUUGGGGGGCAGGUGUAAUCAUAAUUCGCAGAUAACAAGACUCUCGAUGGGCAAAAACAUCAACUCAAUCAAUUAAACAAUAUGACAAUGGCGACUGAUUGCACGAGAGACAUGCACCAGGAUGGACUAAUCCUACCACGGAAGCCGGCCAACCCAUGCCUGACCUCCGCUGACCAUCAAAACCUUCAUAGAGAACUCCUAUUCAAUCAAAAAAUCGGGAAAAAUGUUCUGGGACAAAAGUCAGAAUUGCAAAAAGCGCUGGAAAAACACAAGCGAACGCAAAAUCAGAAGGAGAUCGAACAACAAAAGAACUCUUGCCGCACACCAUUCGAACGAAUGAUUGAAGAGCGGGCCAAAAAAAUCGAAACGCAAAUGGAAAAAACUGAUGCAAAAGAAAAGGACGAAGACAAACCAGAAUUUCUACAGGUCCAUGCUAAACUGCGAGCCAAAAUGGCCAAAACAGACUGAUACUAAUCACUGCAAAAUUAUAUACACAUCCCAUUGAUACGGGGUUAAUAGAUUAUUAUUGAAUAAAGUGUUCAUUGAUUAUGUACAUUCUAUUUUUUUGAGUAUAUUAUAUUGAAAAUUUUAUCAUUUGUAUAAGUGUACGUGUAUGAUUAAUGAUUAUGUAGGACUAUUGAUUUGUAAUUAUUACAAUUAAUUUCCAUUAUAGAAGUGUAUAGAAACAUUUAUAUGUAUAAAAUAUUUUGAUUAUUAUUAUUACUAAAUAUUAUUGUAAAUUUUUUUUUGUUUUAGACCAAUUUAUGAGUAUAUUUGUUUACCUACUUUUUCUGGCAAAUGUAUUUAACUCAAAAUUGUACAAUGCCUGUUAAGUUAGUCAAUUUUCGAAUUUGAAAAAAAUUAUUCUAGGGUACACGGGAUAUUGUUAAAAAAAAUGUUUACAGCAAUAACUUGAUGUUUAUUUCAGCAUAAUAUCUCGACUAAUUAAAAAUAAUUAAAUAUUA